AUGGAGAGGAGAUCUAUGUAUGGAAACCUAGUUGUUUUUAUUACUAUCACAUUGGUUUCUCAUGCAUGCCAUGCAUACUUAGGCAAAGAGAAGGUGACAAAACUCCACUUCUUCCUCCAUGAUACCAUCUCCGGCGACCACCCCACCACCGUGCCGGUGGCUCAUCCUAAUGGAACAGUAAUUACACCUGAUAAUUUAGUGCCCUUUGGUGCAGUGUAUGUCCUUGAUGACCCUCUCACUGAUGGCCCUGACUUAAACUCAACUGUGGUAGGACAUGCACAAGGGUUUUACGCGUCUGCAGGGCAGAAGGAUCUUGUACUCGUCGUUGCUUUUGACUUUGGGUUCACUUCCGGUGAGUUCAAUGGUAGCUCCAUCAGUGUGUUUUCAAGGAAUCCUAUUUUGGAAAGUGAUAGAGAAAUGCCUGUUGUUGGUGGCCGGGGGAAAUUCAGGAUGGCGCGUGGGUUUGCGAAGCUUAAAACGUACUUCUUCAAUGCCACUAGUGGCAAUGCUGUGGUUGAGUAUAAUAUUACUGUUUUUCAUUAUUAG